AUGGACGUCUAUGGGACAGCUGUGACGGCAAUAACGCAAAUAUACCAAGUCACGGUGUUUAUCCAGGGUGUUAUUUCCGAUAUCAAGGCAUUUGACGAGGACCGAGCCGAGAUACGGCUCAAAUUAAAUGUCCAGCUAUCGACUCUUCUCUUCUUCAGACGCACUUUCUUCCAUCCAGAUCAUGGAUUGAUGGUCCCGGGGAAGGUAGACCCUUUCAUCGCCGACACGGUGGAAGGGCUGCUGGUCCAGAUGCGAAAGACCCUGGCUGAGUAUGAGAUUGUGGCAGCCAAAUACGGACUAAUGGUUGAUGAAUACAACAUCGAGCCUGACCAGUCCAAGGCGCAAGAGACACUACUAGAGCGGGCCAAGAGCAAAGCUAGAUCACUCAAACUCAAGGGCUAUGACUGGUCGCUCUUCGACAAGAAGAAGCUGAAUCGCAUCCUAGACUCGUAUACUGAGUGGUCUGAAAGUCUGCGCAAUCUCAUGCAGCAUAUCUCGCAGGAGACGCUGGCAAAGAUGGCUGAAAGUGAUCAUCGAGGAUUCAAAAGCAGUGGUCUUGAACCGGUGAUGAAGCGCCGAGAGUUGGCUGAGGCCAAGGCGCCGGCGAGUUACCGCAGUUUGACUGGUGCCAUCACGGAAACAGGAAAAUUGACAGGGGGAUUUCAACUGGGGAAGUGGCCUUCGGGAUCUGAAGCAUCAGAAGUGAUAGUCGAGUACCACGAGUACGAAAGCCUGCUCAAGCGCGAUGAUCUGGAAGCGGACGAGAUAGAAGAGCUCAAAGAUCCCAUACGCAAUUUGGCAUGGCUACUUCAAAAUACAAAUUUCUCCGGCAAGUCAUCCGACACCCUCGAUCAACCGAAAAUAUAUGCGUUAGAAUGUCUUGGUUUCAUCGAUCAACCUACCGAAGAACGGAGUGUAUUCCUUUACAGGCUUCCUCCAUCCGAAUCAGGCAUUACUACAUCCCUCACAACCUUGCACGCCUUCAUAAAUGCAGUCGAUAGUGCAAAGAAACGACCACUGAAAAGACCAUCUCUCAACGACCGCUUUAGCAUGGCUUAUACUCUUGCUUUAAGUCUGUGCAAUGUUCAUGCCUCGGCGUGGGUUCACAAGAACAUCUGGAGCAGAGGGAUUCUCCUCUUUCUCGAGACAUCCUCAAGGGUCAGUACUUCAGGGCUCUAUGAGCAUCGCAUCUCGAUACCUACUCCUGGCAACAGGAUUGUCUCAUACCUGAGUGACUGGGGCUACGCCCGGUCCGUCCAACAAGGCACAGACAUGCGCUCCGACUUUGAGGUCGAGCCUAAUCUCUACCGCCACCCCGCUCGGCAAGGCCGCCCUACACAGCAAUUCAGCUGUCUCCAUGAUAUCUACGCGUUGGGCGUUGUACUUCUUGAGAUCGGCCUCUGGGCAACGCUGUCACGACUGAUGGAUGCCAAGAUCAUGGAAGCGGAAAGUAGCGGGCGACUGCCGAGACCGAAGAAGGUGGUCGAGGAUUUGGUGAUGCUGGCCGCUCAGGGUUUGCCAAAAGAGAUGGGAAUGGGCUAUACGAAGGCAGUGCUUGCCUGUUUGAAGGGGGAGUUCCGGGGGACAGAAGGUUCUUCUCUGGCUAUGGACUUUCAGGACAAGGUGGUUGACGUUCUGAAGGGUGGUAUUGGGUUAUAG